AUGUUCGGUCUCAGUACGCGACGGUCCGCCGUGGGCCGGUCGAAAUGCCUCUCCAGCACCACUUCUACUACUUCUGCUACUUCUACUACUACUACACCCCUCCAGCACCGUAUAACACAACACCGCCCUGGACAGUCCCUGCUCGCGUAUCGCGACUUCCACCCCAGCCGCACAAAGACCGCCUUCCGUCCGACCUGGAUGCCCAUGCGCGUCAAGACGCCGUGGAUCGAUGCUCUGAACGAGAGUCGCGAGGCCGCGAAAUCGAGCCAGGAGGGGCGUGCUUCUUCCACACCCGACUCCUCGUCGGCGGCGGGACCAGAUCUGACGCCCAAGCGGAUGGCCGAUAGUCACUACAAAGCUGUCAGCCACCCUUAUCACCCACCACGGAGUAUCCUACCCCUAGCCCAGGACAAGUGGCUGCUAGACACAUACCUCAAUGCGUCGGGCCAUAUCAGACUCGGAUCCCUGCUCAUGGAUCUGGACGCACUAGCCGGCGUCAUCGCCUACAGACACACCGGCGACUCCGUGACGACAGUGACCGCGGCCGUGGACCGCAUCACCAUCGAGCACCCGCUGAUGGAGAUCUGCGACCUCGAGCUCAGCGGCCAGGUCACCUACGCAACGGGCCGCUCGAGUAUGGAGGUGUCGCUGCAGGUGGCUAAGGCGCCGCCGGCGGGCGAGGAAGCGAAGCCGGAGGAUGUUCUGAUUACCUGCGCGUUCACGAUGGUGUCGCUGAGCCCUGUUACCAAGAAACCCGUCCCCGUGGCACCACUCCUAGUCGAAACGCCCGAAGAGCGCCUCCUCUUCAAAAAAGGCGAAGAGAACUACCAAGCCAAGAAGGCAUUGCGAUCCCGCAGUCUACUCGAGAAGGCGCCGGACGAGCGCGAGAGUCAACUGAUCCACGAUAUGUGGACGAAACAGAUGUCGUAUAUCC